CGCCGUAGCCGACGCCGUUCUGGCGGAUUAGCGCUGGCCAUGGCGGCCAACCGAGCGAGGCAGCUCCACGGCCUUUACCUGACGAGAGGGUGCCGUGACCCUGACAAGUGGGCAGACCUCGCCAAGGACUACGCCUCCAAUGCCUUCCUCCGUGAAGCCGCCAUCAUCUACACGAAGCACCUGCCCCAGCGAACGCACCACCUUCCCCUCCUCAUCGUCCUCCUCAAGGCCACCGCCUCCCGCCCGGAUCCCGGCCUCGGCAGGGCCCUCCACGCGGAGGCCGUGAAAUCCGCCAACGCCCGCGACCUGCUCGUCGGCACCACGCUGGUGUCCGCGUACUGCAAGUGCGGCCUCCUGGCCGACGCGCGCCGCCUGUUCGACGGAAUGCCGGACCGGAACCCCGUGACGUGCAACGCCAUGCUCUCCGGGUACGCCGCGGCGGGCGACAUGGUCAAGGCGGAGGCGCUGUUCGCCGCCAUGGGCUCGCGGUCGCCCGUCACGUGGGCGACGCUGAUCCGGGGGUUCGCGGAGAAGGGCGACGUGGCGGAGGCGCGGCGGUGGUUCGAGGCCACGCCGCCGGGCAUGCGGACCGUCGUCACGUGGACCGUGCUCGUGAACGGCUACGUGGCCGCGGGGGACAUGGAGACCGCGAGGGAGCUGUUCGACAAGAUGCCCGCGCGGAACGCGUUCGUGUGGUCGUCUAUGGUCACCGGGUACUUCAAGGGUGGCGAUGCUGACGAAGCGCAGGCGGUAUUCGACAGAAUCCCCGUCCGGAACCUGGUGAACUGGAACGCGCUGAUAGCCGGGUACGCGAAAAUAGGGUGCUGCGAGAAGGCACUGGAAGCAUUUCAGUCGAUGCUGGACGACAGGAUAAAGCCAGACGAGUUCACCAUGGCAGGCAUGCUCUCUGCCUGCGCACAGCUCGGUUCGCUGGAGCAAGCGAGGAAGGUUCACAAAUUCAUCAUCGAGCACCGUAUCCGGAAGAACCAGUUCGUUCUGAAUGGCCUUGUCGACAUGUUCGCCAAAUGCGGCGACCUUGCCUUCGCCCGAAAGAUUUUCGACAACAUGCAAUGGAGGAACACCGAAUGCUGGAACUCGAUGAUCUCUGCACUUGCCAGCCAUGGACAGAUCGCUGAGGCUAUUCAACUCUUCUCCGAGAUGGAGUGUUCAGCACAAAAGCCUAAUGAGAUCACACUUCUCGCUGUGCUUGGUGCUUGCACACACGGAGGAUUCGUAGAUGAGGGACUAAGAAUCUUCAACAAGUUCGAUGUGUAUGGGGUUGCUGCUCGAGUGGAGCAUUACGGGUGCCUAGUUGAUCUCUUGGGCCGUGCUGGAAGAUUGAGGGAAGCCUACGAGAUUGUCAAGAAAAUGCUUGCUGAACCCAACGAGGUGAUCUGGGGCUCCUUGCUCGGAGCUUGCAGGGUGCACGGUGAUGCAGACAUGUCUGAACUGGUAUCAAGCGAGAUCAGCCGAUUGCACUCUCGUCGUGUGUCAACCAACGAUGCAGAGUACAUAUUGAUGUCAAAUAUCAUGGCCUCGUCGAAGAGGUGGGAGCAGGCAGAACGCAUGAGGAGAAAGAUGGCGCUCCAUGGAGUCGGGAAGACUCCAGGUUGCAGUUCAGUUGAGUUUGACAUUCCUGAACACAAGUACGCGUAGGCAGUGCCGCAGUGGUACUGGUACGUUGUCCCAAAAUAUAUCAACUGCAUUUUUGCUUGUCUCGAAUGCUCUGGCGAUCUGGUUUCGCAAUUUGGUGGUAUUAACUAAUAUUAUUCUUUUGCACACUAGAUGUUAGAAAAAAGAACUGGUAGUAUACACUUCUGUCAAUUUUAUAUGCUAAUAUUAAGUCUGCAGGC